GGUUGCAGGGCGCUUACCUGAAUCGGCAACGCCGGAGCUCGCGGUCAAGCCAGACGCUGCCCACCGCCCCCGGCGACCCGGCCGCCGCGUCCCUAUAUCCCCCCGUCACCUCCUUCCUCGGAUCAUCGCUCCAUCCCACUCACCUGCACAGCUACACGAGGUUAACAAGGUCGAUCGGCUCAUACACAUGGUGACCAUGUCGGCGUCGGCGCCGGAGGCGGUGCCGGUCUCGGUGGUGGCGGAGCUGGAGGGCACGCUUCUCCGCGAAGCCUGCACGUUCCCCUACUACAUGCUCGUCGCCUUCGAGGCCUCCGGGCUGUUCCGCUUCGCGGCGCUGCUGGCGCUGUGGCCGGUGCUCCAGCUCAUCGACCUCCUCCUCCCGGGCCGCCGCCUCGCGGCGCGCUGCGCGGCGUUCGUGGCCACGGCGGGGGUGCCGCGCGCGGAGCUGGAGGCCGUGGCGCGCGCCGUGCUUCCCAAGUUCAUGGCCGACGACGUCGACCCCGCCGCCUGGGCAGCCUUCGGGGCGUGCAAGGGCAGGCGCGUCGUGGUGGCGCGCGACAUGCCCAGGGUAAUGGUCGAGUGGUUCGCCAGGGAGCACCUCGGCGCCGACCACGUCGUCGGAUCCGAGCUCGAGUACAGUCGCCUCAGGCGCUGCACCGGCCUUGUUAAAGGCGGCGGCGACGAUGACGUCACCCAACGCGUGCGCGCACUGUUCGCGGACGGCGAACGGCCGGACCUCGGUCUGGGACGGUCCGAGAUGGCGCGAUCAUCCUUCCUGCCAUUCUGCAAGGAGCAACUCCAGCCGCCGUUCUCCGUGGACUACGACAUGGCGAUGCAACCGAAAUGCGCUCCGUUUCGGCCGGUCAUCUUCCAUGACGGCCGCCUGGUGCGCCGGCCAACGGCUCUCAUGUCGCUCGCCAUCCUCUUCUGGAUCCCCCUCGGCGUCCUCCUCGCCUUCGUCCGCAUCACACUCGGCCUCGUCCUCCCCAUCCAGGCCCUCCCCUACAUCGCGCCCUUCGUCGGCGGCGCCGUCAUCACGCGCGGCCACCCGCCUCCACCCACCACCGCCAAGGACGGAUCACCAUCCGGCGUCCUCUUCGUGUGCACGCACCGGACUCUCAUGGACCCGGUGGCGCUCGCCUUCGUGCUCGGCCGGCGCGUGGCCGCCGUGACCUACUCCCUCUCCCGCCUCUCGGAGCUCCUCUCGCCGAUCCCGACGGUGCGGCUGACGCGCGACCGGGAGACGGACGCGGCGCGGAUGCUGGCAGAGCUGGCACGCGGCGACGUGGCCGUGUGCCCCGAGGGAACGACGUGCCGGGAGCCGUUCCUGCUCCGGUUCUCGGCGCUGUUCGCGGAGCUGAGCGACCGGAUCGUGCCGGUGGCGACCAACUACCGGGUGGGGCUCUUCCACCCGACGACGGCGAGGGGGUGGAAGGCCAUGGACCCCAUCUUCUUCUUCAUGAACCCGAGGCCGGUCUACGAGGUGACCUUCCUGAACCAGCUCCCCGCCGAGGCCACGUGCGCCGCCGGGAAGAGCGCCGUCGACGUCGCCAACUACGUGCAGAGGAUCCUCGCCGCCACGCUCGGGUUCGAGUGCACCACUUUGACGCGCAGGGACAAGUACCGGGUGCUCGCCGGCAACGACGGCAUCGUCGGCGUCAAGCCCGCCGCUGCGGCGGCGGCGGCGACCAAGCCAGGGUGGCAGCGCCGGGUCAAAGAGGUGCUCGGGUUCUUGCUCCACUAAAAUCGACUCGAUUAACCACUCCAUUGGUGAGCUGCAAACUAAGACACUUAGCUCAAUUACUUGUUUAUUACACACACGCGUAUAUGUACGCAGCAAAAUUUGUAAGUGAUAGCCAUUAGCAAUUCAAGCUAAUCUAUACUAUAUGGUUGUUUUUUUUUAACUUGUUUUUCACGCGAAUUUGUUCGUCGCCCAGUUCAAUUUUGGUGUUGUAAAUUCGUAGCGAGUGUAAUAUCUGUAAUUAA